AUGACCAACCCGGACGCCGUCAGAGACAAAUUCUACGAGGACCUGCGCGCCCUCUUGGCGACUGUGUCGAAGGCGGACAAGUUGAUUGUCCUUGGUGACUUCAACGCCCGCGUCGGCACAGACCAUGCUGCCUGGAGAGGAGUGCUGGGUCCCCAUGGUCUCCGCGGCUCCCAGGACAAUGGACUGCUGCUUCUCCGCACCUGCGCAGAACACCGCCUCAUCCUGACGAACACGUUCUUCUGUCUGCCGGAGCGAGAGAAGGCCACCUGGAGGCAUCCUCGGUCGCGCCAGUGGCACCUGCUGGACUAUGUUCUCGUUCGGAGGCGUGACCAGCGGGACGUGCUGGUGACAAAGGCGAUCGCGGGCGCUGACGGGUGGAUCGAACAUCGCCUCGUCAUCUCGAAGAUGUGUAUUCGCCUACAGCCUCGCAGGAGACCACAAGGUAAGCGACCCCCAGGUAAGCUGAAUAUUGCCUUGUUAUCUUUGCCCGCUCACCAUCUUCAUUUCAGCAAUGAGCUAGCUCAACGGUUAGGCAACCUUCCAAUCGCUGACGCCGCCGCUGCAGAGAGCGCCUCCGUGGAGAACCGACGGUGCCAACUGCGAGACACGGUCCAGUCGACGACGCCAGCCGUCCUCGGUCGCGCACGCCGGCAACACCAGGAUUUGUUCGAAGACAACGACGCCGUCAUCAGUAAUCUGCUCGCCGAGAAGAAUCGCACACACAAAGCCUACGUAGACCACCCCACCGACGACAACAGAGCUGCUUUCUACCGCAGUCGCCGCCAACUUCAGCAACGACUGCGCAAGAUGCAGGACACCUGGACGGCCUGCAAAGCUGAGGAGAUCCAAGGGUAAGCGGACCGUAACGAGUGGAAUAAUUUCUUCUCCGCGAUCAAAGCCGUCUAUGGUCCACCGACGAAUGUCAGGGGAUGCGGACCCACCUGUACUCUACCUUCGUGGACCUGACGAAGGCCUUCGACACGGUGAAUCGGGAAGGACUGUGGAAGAUCAUGCAGAAAUUCGGCUGUCCGGAGCGAUUCACUCAGAUGGUGCGUCACCUGCACGACGGCAUGAUGGCGCGAGUCACGGACAACGGAGCUGUCUCAGAGGCAUUCGCAGUGAUCAAUGGAGUGAAGCAGGGCUGCGUACUGGCGCCUACCCUCUUCAGUCUCAUGUUCUCUGCCGUGCUGAUGGACGCAUACCGCGAUUGA